AUGGAUCAGCUGAGUGAGAAACAAAUUUGGUAUUACCACAUUAUCCCUGAGUAUCAGACUGAGAAGAGUUUUUAUGCUUGUGUUAGAAGAUCUGGGAUGAUAAAGUUUGAUACAUUUUACUUCCCACAUAUGCUUUCGGCUAGGGAAACUCAACGUUCUAUUAAGUUUGGUGACGGUGUCUGGUCAGGGUGUUUGUACGAUCCUGACAUUUACACCGACGGUAAGAUUUCGAUUCAGGGGGUUGGUGGCGUUCUCUUUCCUCGAGAGGCGGAGAUCGGUGGAUGUGUUUGUCUCUGCUUGAUUUUCCUAAUUAAGUUAGGGUUAUCUACUAAGUAUAUGAAGUCUCAUGUAUCUUUUGAUGUAUCUUGUGACUUGUGA